GAUCGAUUGUUUGAUUUUCAGUAAACAGUCAGUUUCAGUUGUGAGAAAAUGUUGGGACGGGAUAUGUAACUCGGCUCAUUUCAAAGACUCGACGCAGAUAACAGGAAGAUCUCGGCAUCAUUAUUUCAAGAUCCGUUGGUGUGAGGAUCCCCUGGAAAUCACCUUUCAUCGGGUGAACGUCCGUUUUCCCGAGUAUCGUUACUUCGCUUGCAUUUCAUUCUUUAAUAUCUCCCCAUCAGUGAGCCAGCACAAUAUAAGAUGUCUUUCCGUGUGGUUAGAAACAGCAAAUUUAGGCACGUUUAUGGAACUGCCUUGAAAAAAGAGCAAUGUUACGAUAAUAUAAGAGUUUCAAAAUCAUCAUGGGAUUCAACGUUUUGCGCAGUUAAUCCAAAAUUUUUAGCUAUUAUUGUUGAGUCAGCUGGUGGUGGUGCUUUUGUUGUUUUACCUCACAACAAGGUUGGCAGAAUAGCAGCAGAUCACCCUUUGGUCGGGGGUCAUAAAGGACCUGUUUUGGAUAUCGCUUGGUGUCCUCAUAAUGAUAACGUUAUUGCAUCCGGUUCUGAGGAUUGUGUCGUAAAAGUUUGGCAAAUUCCAGAUGGUGGUAUUUCUCGAACUUUGACUGAACCUGUAGUGGAUCUUGUUUACCAUCAAAGGAGAGUCGGUUUAGUCCUCUGGCAUCCGACUGCAUUAAACGUUCUUUUAACAGCUGGUUCUGAUAAUCAGGUUGUGCUAUGGAAUGUUGGAACUGGAGAAGUUCUAAUUCACAUUGAUUGCCAUCCUGACAUUGUUUUUAGUGCUUGUUGGAAUUGGGAUGGUUCUCAGUUGUUGACUACUUGUAAAGAUAAAAAAAUGCGAAUUAUAAAUCCUAGAACUGGAGAAGUCGAAGAAGAAGCAGUUUGUCAUGAAGGGAGUAAAGCGACACGAGCAAUUUAUCUUAAAAGCGGCCUAAUUUUUACAACAGGAUUUAGCAAAAUGUCUGAACGACAGUAUUCACUUCGAGCGCCUGAACAUCUCACUGAACCAAUUGUUAUGAUGGAACUAGAUACCAGUAAUGGCGUCAUGUUUCCGAUUUAUGAUCCUGACACCAAUUUAGUAUAUCUUUGUGGAAAGGGUGACAGUGUCAUUAGGUAUUUUGAAAUUACCGCAGAACCGCCGUUUGUCCAUUAUAUUAAUACAUUUCAAACGCCCGAUCCACAAAGAGGCAUAGGAAGCAUGCCUAAAAGGGGAUGCGAUGUAACUUCUUGUGAAAUUGCAAGAUUUUAUCGUCUGAACAAUUCUGGAUUAUGUCAAGUCAUAUCAAUGACUGUACCAAGAAAGAGUGAACUUUUUCAAGAGGAUUUGUAUCCGGAUACUCUCAGCGAUAAUCCUGCACUUACUGCAGAUGAAUGGUUUGGAGGAAAGGAUGCCGAACCACUUCUAGUAUCGAUGAAAGAUGCCCCUUCGAAUCAGCCCAAAGCAGAAGUCCGUUUGUUGAAAAAGACAAAUAUUUUGGACAAGAAGGGUGCCAAAACAAAUCAAAAAGUUGAGGAGUCUUUAUCAGCUGAUAUAGUUAAGGAGUUUAAAGAGGAAAUACGUAAAUUGAAAGCGAUGAUAGUGAAACAUGAGAAAAGGAUUCGAUCACUAGAAGACACCUUAAGUGAACAAAAAGAUGACAACAAAACCGAUGAACUUGAUAACGCACUUGAUACAGUUACCAAAAGCAAUCUAACCUUCCCCAGUGAUCUUGGCCCAGAUGAAGUAUGAAAAAGGGCGCAUUAAGAAUUUGUCUGUACGAACAACUGAAAAUUACUUGUUAUAAGAAGCACAUUGAUGAUUGGCUAGAGAAUAAUUUAAUUAAUAAUUUUAAAGUUUUCCUUGUGGAAAUAGUUGUCAGAACAAAUGCAUUUAUUUCUUAAGUCUACUUACCUGGAUAACCUUACUAAUUGCCAGUAUCAUUGGAACAAAAACUUUGUUUUCUGGUGAAAAUACAGUGAAGUCUCAUUUAUCUGAACACUGUUAUUUAAAUGGCACUAAUGGUCAGUUAUUUUGGUCUUGUCCAUUCUAAAUGACACUGCACAAAUCGUUACACUUUCAUCCUUAAAUUGGUAGAUUUUUGAACAUUUUGGUCCAUCAGAUGUGUUUUAGCUUGUGCCCCAUCUUAAAUUAUUAAAAAAUCUGUGAGAAGGUGAAAGGCAUCUGACAGAAAGAAAUUGAGGGGAUGGGUAGACCAAAUGAUCAGAAAUGACCAAACCCUUGUUUCCAAAAUGUCAAAUUUUCUGUACAUCCAAUCCUAAAUAAAUUAGACUGUUUCUGCGUCACCAACAGUGGCAUCAUUUCAGCCUCUCACUCAUUCACACAAGUCACAACCACAAACAAUACUGCACUUAUUCAGAGGGUGUCGGUGGCCACAAUGGUUUAGGCGCUCAUCACUGUAAGGUAAAAGACCUGAAUUCAAAUUCAGCCGCCCCGCAGUUGAACCCAACAUACUUACAAAUGGGCUUUUUUUCAAAAACGCCGGGACCCCGAGGGUUUGUAAAACCUUUGUAGUUGAAAUACCUUCAUUUAAAAAUAAAUAAAUAACUACAUAUAUACAGACAACAAAUAAUUAAUACAUACAAAUGCCUACUCGGUCCCUAUAAGGGACCAAGGCCUGGCACUCCUUGACCAAGUGUUACACUGUGCAACUUUUUUCUACUGUAGUAGUUCAGUUAAUUUAAACAGGUGUACAAGUGGGGCUCCACUGUAUACAAUUUUUUAAUAGUGAAUUCCCAGUUUCAUUCAUCAUUUCAUUUGAUUAAAAUUAAUAAAAAAAACUCGGGUAGCUUCUUUGUUCAAGUAAUUACAUUUGGAAAUAAAUGCAAUUUGAGAAAGGAGGUAAAACCACUUAACUUAAUAAUGUAAAAGAAAACCUGUCUAUAAGAAAGUUUUUAAUGUUAAAAAUGUCUUUUAUUCAACCUGAAAUAAAUAUUUUUUUAUGAAUUGAGAAAAACGUACUGACUAGAAUAAUUAACAUAUUAUUACACAGCUUAUGUUAAUUGUUAAGAAACCUAAUUAACAUGUAAUUAUUUGUGAACUCAGAUUUAUUUUUGGAUAUUUUUAGAGUAUUGCAUUUUAAUAUUACAGUUAGUAGUUUUAAUAUUACAAUUACAGUUAACAUUCUUAUGUGCUUUAAACUGAUCCUAAUAUAACUAUAUAUUCUAAACAAUAAAUUAAUUUUGACAAUAUACAUGACAUUAAAAUCCACAGAUUUAUAAGUUGAGAUGGUUUGCACAAUGAUCAUAGCUUAGAAUUUGUUUUUUAAAUUGGGCAUACCCGAAAGUGACUAAAGUUAAAUAGAUAUAUAAAUUAUAGCACUCAUUGUCUGCAUUGUGAUAAAAUUGUUACGAAUAUUAGCUCAAAAAUGCCUUCACUGUUAAAAUAAAAAUUAAAUUUAUUUCUUUUAGCACAUAGUUAAAGAUAAAUGCAACUGUUAAACUGUGAAAUGUUAAAUAUUGAAAUAUUUAUUCUGGGACAAAACCCAUUGCAUAAACUUUAUAUUUGACAUGCUUUAAUUAUCUUUCUAAGUAGUUAGAAAUCUUAGAUGAGUGCAAUUUUGUUUUGAUUUUUUUUCCUUUGAGUUUUUGGGUGUUACUUUUGUUAUCAUUAUCCCCAUUGUUUUAGUAAAUUGUUUAUUUAAUUGUUUGAUAGUUCACUGACAACACAUUUUAAAAAAAUAUGAAUGCCUAACUUGUUAAAAUUAUUUUAUUUAUUGUACCAAAAUUUAAAUUUCUUGAGCUCAAAAAUUUUAUGACUGAAAAUACAUGUCUUUAACUAAUAAUUAGGGUAAGUGACCCAGUCAUUUAUACCAUUUUUUUCUGAAGACAAUUUUUUGGAUGAAUUUUGAUUUUAAUUUUGGUAAUUAUUUUGCUUUUGACAGGGGCUCUAUGAAAUAUAUUUAUUCAUUCUUCAUAAAAAUCAAGCUACCUAUUUCAACUGAGAAAAAUAUAAACCUGUCUAUUUUGGUUGCCAUUUUCAAAGGUGAAUCUGUCAAACAUGUUUCACAGCCACCAUUGAAGAUGGUGAGUUGCCGAAACACGCCUGAUAUACCAAAACAGUGAGGUUAGGUGGCAAACUAAGUUGACUAAGUUAAAUUUGUAGUGAUUGUCUACAAACUUAAGACACUUAGAUGCCCUAUGCCAAAACAUUUUAACACAUUGACUGCGGAAGACGCAACAUGUGCGUCAUACUGUCCUUCUGUGAUCUCCUGAUUAUACUUUUUAAUUUCUCCCUCCAAUUCACCUGUUACACAAUUAUUUUCAAAAUUCCUAUCGCCACGCCAGAAAAGGCAAAAGUGUCACUGGCUACUGUCGUUUUAUUUUUUUCCGUCUUCCAACUGGAGUGAUUUUUCUAUUAUUUACGCGUAUCUGUGUAAUGUUUGGUUAUUUAAAAAAAAAAAAUUCCAGCCAGCUAGCAGUGGGGUUAUUGUCAGUUCCUCACAUUUGUCUAUCUCAAAUUUGUUUUAUUGACUUUAUCUUUAUUGUUUAAUCCUUUCACAUGUGAUUAAAAUAUCCUUACUCAAUAAAAAUGACAUUCGUUCUAUUUAAAAGAUUAACUAUCCUGAGUUUGAUGGGUCUCAAGAGUUCUCGGUCUACUGCUGAGACCCCCCUCCCCUACAACUGCACUAAAAUGAUGUUUUUUUUUUUUUUUUUUAUAUAACUUUCCUUUAAGGAAAGCUAACUUAUGGCCUUACGUUAAUCAUAUUAGCCAAAAAAUGAUGUUCAUGGUAAUAAAUACAUUCACAAACAGUAAAAAUCUUGCAUUCACUAUCCUAAGCUAAUCUAAUUGUUUCGACAGGUCUGUGGGCACUCGAUAUUCCACAUUCCAUAUUUUAAUUAAUCAUUGAUCCAUUUUAUAUGAUUAUGUAUAAUAUAGGAAAAAUUGCAAAAAACUGAAACGUCCUUUAUCAACCUCCCAAAUUGAAUGUUCUGCGGGUUGCCUACUUCAUUUAGCACUACGGGGGACACACCUAUUGUAUAUCACUUAUAUAAAUGUAACAGAAAUUAAAAAAAAAUUAUUUACAUUAUUUUUAAGUACCAGAGAACUUUUUUACAUUAUAAAUUUGGUUUCGCAUUGGUAACAAAACUGGCCAUGCAGCCGCAGUCAAUGUGUUAAUUCUAUAACCAAAAAUCAACUCAUGAUCAAUUAUUUGAAUUGAAAUAAAGUUCAAAUUUUAAAUUUUAAAAUUAGUAGAAUUUAUUAUGACAAAUAUUUUUUUAUUACUAUUGUAAGGUUGAAUGUUCAUCGUUGGUUUCAGCACCUUGUUAUUUUUUAUAUAAUCUUUACACCUCCUAUUUUUUUUUCUUUCCUUUUGUUUAUUGUAACUUCCGAAACACACUCAGAUUAUUUUGUAUAUUUUUGACAUGGAAAUACAAAUCAUAUUAUAUAUUAAAUGAUACUUAUUUAUACAACAAGAUGUGCGAUUACAUACGUUGUUAGUUUUUAAAGGAAAAUUUAUAAUACUAGUCUCAGGAGAUCUGAACUCCUUUAACAAGCAAAUAAUCUUUCAUCUUACGACAUAUCAGUUAAUGUUUGAAUCCAUGAAGUAUUAUGGUAUAAAUUCGAAAGAGAGAAUAUUAAUUAAAUUUGAAUAAAUACAAAGAUUAUUUUUCCCUAUAGAUUAUAAAAUUUUGAUUUUAUAAUUAUAAAAAUAAAUAAAUAUACACUAUGACACAUAAAAUGUUGUUUUACUCUUAGAAAUUGCUUAUAAAUGGACUUGUGUGGAUUCAAUUAUUAACAAAUAUUUUUUAACCAAAGUUUGUUAUAAGAUAUAAUUUAUUAAUAUUAAUAAAUAAAUUAGUGUUUAUUCUUUGUCAUUUGUUCCAUCAAACCGUCAAGUAACAUAAAAUUUAUAGAUUACAAGCAUUAAAAAAAUAUUAUCAUUUAAUUCCAUAUUUAAAACAUUAAUAGUAUAGCAGUUAAUAUGACAGUAAUUACCGUUAUUAUCUUAUAACUGAUGUGAUUUAUGAUUUUUUUAAAUAUUUAUAAUUAUAUUUUUCAUCAUUUUUUUGUUUGGUGUCCGUUUCAAUUGCUUAAAUUUGUUACUAUAUUUACAUGGUCAUGAUAUAUACUUAAUAUUUGUGUUCAUUUCAAGUAUACGUACUGCAAAUAAACUUAAUUGGAUUAAUAUGGUAAUAAAACAAUUCAUAGUUUUGUCCAUUAAGACUAAAAAAUUUGCCUUAAUUGUCUAAUAUCGCAAUAUUUAUUGUCUAAUUUAUAUUUGUUAAGCAUAUGAAAAUGUAAUGUUUUGCCUUUGAGUCAAUUAUUUAUUAAAGUUUUAAAUUAAGACGAGCUGUGAAGGAAUUUAGUCGUUAUUGGGCUGAAAAUGUGUCAGGUAUUUGUAAUUAAACAAAUAGCCAUUUAGUAUUAAAAUGCCUUCCAUUUACUCGUGUGCAAUUUUUUUUUAUAUUAAUCAUUGAGUUUGUCAUUUAAAUACUAAAAUAUUUUCUGCUUCUUUUCCAUGGCUUUAUUAUAUGUAACACAAAUUGAUUAAUUAAUAAAGGGAGUUAAUUUGGGUUAAGGUUUUUAAAUUUAAUUUUUUUUCCUGUUUGUACUAAUGCGUGUUAACUACAAGAUACUUAAAAAAUGUGAAAGAUAAAUAUACAAUACAUGACUGGUGCUUUUUUCUUUUUUUUUUAAAUUUUUUAUGUACUGAAUGUAUCUGUGAACAUUUAGUAAUAAAUUUAAACAUGUCAAUAUUGUGUCGUUAUCGUUCUUUGUGAUGUAAAUAAUAAUAUAUUUUGUAAAAAAAUUUGGCACCAACAUUUUUUGUAAUUGUACCACAAAUAAUUACUACUUCAGAGAAAAUCUUUAAGAUUAUCAGUUCCUAAUUUCAUUAUUUUUAUAUUAACCACGUUUUUUUUUCAGAUGUUGUUGCCAAGUAUUUUUUAUUAUGAAUUAUACAUUAAAUAAAUUGUGCCUUUACCUUUUGACCAUAAUUGAAUGCUAUGUAAAAUUUGAUACUUUAUUUUUAUAAACAAUUCACACUUUGUUGUAAACUGUUGUGUUAUUUGUAUGGUAUUUAAAUCAUAAAGUGAUGUCGGCUCAAUUCUAGUUGUAAAUUACAAUGUUUCUUUUAAUGUAAUAUUUUAUCCUAGAUAGAAAAUUAUAUAUCCUAUUAGUUGUGUAGUGAUGUCAUCCCUGAUUGCUUUCAUCAGUUUUUAUUGUUUUCAUCAAAGAAUUAAUAUAAUAUUUAUGUUGUUAGAAAUAGCUUGAUUUUUUUCUUUCAAAAACAACAUUUGUUGUUUUGAUUAUAUGCAAAUAAACAGCUAUCACUGGA